AACUCUCCUCUUUAACCAUUUACGUUAUAGCAAUACUUAGUAAAUCAUUUCCAAACUCCUGCUUGAGUGUGAACUUAGCUGCGUUUGUGACAUGCAGUGUACCUGCAGGUUGGUAGUUAUCUUUUUAUGAGUUAUCUAUGGCUUCGGCACAUGAACUGGGCAAAUACUUCGCGUGAAUUGUGCUUGACUCUGUGCACUUGCAAACAUCAACCCCAAAUACCCCCUCCCCCCCCCACCCCCACCCCCCCCACCCCCUAAACGCCUGGGGAUAGCCUGGGCAGUGCCCAAACAAAAAACAAACACUCAACUGGACCCCUCAAAGCCAGCCCAAACGUCUGGGCCGUCCAGCUCCCCUCAAACCCAGCCCAUAUGUUGGUGGAUUUAGGGCUGCCCGGGCGCGUCCUCCACAUCGCAUCUUCCACCCCGAUCCCACAAAACCCCCAUCCAUAUCCGCAUCCAGACCAAACCCUAGCCAUUUGCCACUCCACUCCAUUUCACUUCACUUUCAGUCCGCUCUGCCCAACUCCUCUCCAGUGAUCUUUCGCCAUUUUCAUCAUUUCGGGCAUCGGAUCUGAGUCCAAUAACUUUGGAUCCAACAACUGGGCCUUGUCCCCUGCAUGGAUGAGGAACAUAUAGCUGUCCGACUGGCUUGCCGCCGGUUUUGGGAGGAUAUUCCAGCUUUGGUGGCCUUCCACCCCGAUCCCAAAAAUACCCCAUCCAUAUCCACAUCCGGACCAAACCCUAGCCAUUUGCCACUCCACUCCAUUUCACUUCACUUUCAGUCCGCUCUGCCCAACUCCUCUCCAAUGAUCUUUCGCCAUUUUCGGCAUUUCGGGGCAUCGGAUCUAUGUCCAAUAACUUUGGAUCCAACGAUUGGACCUUAUCCUCUGCAUGGAUGAGGAACAGAUAGCUGUCCGACUGGCUUACCACCGGUUUCGGGAGGAUAUUCCUGCUUUGGUGGGGCUUAGAACCAGCAGCGGCAAUGUGCCUGUUGGCGGCUCGAGCCGCGUGUCCGCUCUGAAUCUGGCGCCGGCGAGGGCGGUUGGAGGUACAUGCACACCCUUGAGGACUGCCCUGUGGCAUCCGAGCAACCCCGAUGCUAGGUCUUUGUCCCCAUGCCGCCUGGCUCGAGUCUGAGGUCAGUGGUGCCAAUGCACACGACCAAGGAUACUCCGGAUGCUCCAGCUAUGGCGGAAAAGCAAGGUCGCGGCAUGGCAUGCCCACCGUGAGAGGACGAAGGUGUGCCGCGUUAGGCCCCUAUGUCGUCUUGGAGCACUACCAUCCACCAGACGGUAAGGGCGGCCGUGGAUGAACUUGCUCUAUAACCCUGUUUUUUUUUAUAAUAGAACAUAUGCCUAAUUAAUUUUGGUAGUCUGAUGGUAUGUGUAAUGAUGAACUACCGUAUGCUAUGCCCAGUAUGAACUAUGUGCUAUGAUUUAUAUGAAUUAUGGAAUACGUCGUUUGAUCUAUGUUGCAUGAGAUUAUAUGAAUUUGAAGGUUUGAAUAUGAGGUGACGGUUGUGGACGCGGACAAGUGAGAGGUGCCCGGCGCUGUCUGCGGACUUCAUACAGUAGGCCAAAUGUAAAGUCCGAUCUUAUGGUCCGCCUACGUCACACUAUGCUCUAAGGUCUACGUAAGACUUGAUGAAUGAUUGAAGAUGCUGCACUGGCGAGGAGCAGCCAUAGAAAUGGCCUUGCAGUGUAGUACACUGGCGAGAUGCAGGCUCUGGAGCAUGCAUUGAUCAGGGUGGAGGGGUGGUAGUUGCGUGUAAACUGUUGUACCACUAUGUGCAUUCAUAUCACUCGGUCAGCUGCACAGGUUGCUAUUAUUUGCGGUAGAAGAAAAGGCACACGCACCCAGUAAAAACACAUCUCGUCUUGCUUCUGUGCUUCCUCUCCCAUUGUCACUCUCCCUCUGUUUGCUCGCGAGCUCUGCCCCCAUUCCCCUUCUCGCCUCCGCCGUCCGUUGCCGGUUGAUCCCGGCCGGCUCCCCCGCCUCCGACACCGCCUCGCUGCGAGUGACUACUGCGUCCGAGCUCCACCUGACGGUAACCCGGUCCUUUCGUCUUCUGUGCGCACUUGUCAUUUCUCAACGAUAGCAUAUUUCUGUCCCCAACGACUUUGACGGACUCCGGUGUCCGGUCAAUCCGAUGGUUGCGAGUGGCGAGAGCUCAGUUCCUCAGUUUAUAUGGUGCAGUCAACACAUUGAUAUAGUACUUCUUGAUCUUUAAUCUCCCACGGCUAAUUUCCACAGCAGUUUCCUACCCUUCAGCCUGAAAUUACAUCCGGCAAACUGGUUCUCAUGCUUCUGUGGUCAGCACAAACUGUUUACUUUGCUCUUCUUUCACAAGCAUAUGUGAAAGAAAGUCUCAGUAGCAUGACUCUCCGUGUCAUUUUUACCCUCUUAUUGUUGGUAUGUUUCUGUGAAUCUGAUGACCGCCUCACACCCGCGAAGCCACUCUUGCCGGGCGACAAGCUCAUCUCAAACAAUGGCAUCUUCGCUCUAGGCUUCUUCUCCCUGGACCCGGAGAACUCCACCGCCGCAAACUCAUAUGUAGGCAUAUGGUACCACGACAUCCCGGAGAGGACAUAUGUGUGGGUGGCCAACCGUGACAAUCCUAUCGGCAGCGGUUUGUCUGGGGAGCUGGUUCUCACCAACACCUCUGAUCUUGUCUUGUCAGACUCAGAAGGCCACAUCCUCUGGAGGACGACGAACAACGUCACCUCCGGGGGUGAUGGUGCCAUGGCGCUGCUGCUGGAGGCGGGGAACUUUGUCGUCCAGUUGCAGAAUUUCACGCAGAUAUGGCAGAGCUAUGAUCACCCGACCGACACCAUCCUCCCCAGCUUCAAGUUGUGGGCAAACUACAAGACCCACACAGCAGUGCGUCUCGUUGCUUGGAAAGGUCCUCUGGAUCCGUCCCCCGGGAAAUUCUUGCUCAGCCGUGACCCCGGCACAGGCCUCCAGAUCCUCACCUUGCGCGGGACUAGCAAGUACUGGCGCAGCGGGUUGUGGAACGGUGCACAAGCCUCGGACAAGAACGGAUACAUGUGGUCCCAGAACGUCGAUGACGGGGAGACCAUCUACUCGACGUACAACACGGGUAACAGCUCUGCCCGGAGAUCGCACUGGAAGCUGGACUACAAUGGCGACUUGAUGCUCAGGAUCUGGACUGGCCGGUCAUGGGUGCCUCUGUUCAAGCGCCCGGAUGAUGGCUGCCGCCACUAUGGCUCGUGUGGUCCGUUCGGCUACUGCGACAUGUUUGACAAGAUCAGCGGCGAGUGCAAGUGCCUCGAUGGGUUCAGGCCGGCAGACGGCUUCAGCGCCAACCCCUCCCGAGGAUGCGUGAGAAAGGAAAACCUGACAUGCCGCGGCGACCAUUUCUUGACUUUGCCGGAGAUGAAGGUGCCUGACAAGUUUGUGUAUGUGAGGAACAGAAGCUUCGAGGAGUGCACUGCUGAGUGUGAGCGUGACUGCUCCUGCACUGCGUACGCUUACACCAACCUGAGCAGCAUCGUCGCAACUGGUGGCCCAUCAAGAUGCUUGAUCUGGACAGGGGAGCUUGUUGACUCUGAGAAGGCCGGUAUGCUUGGUGGCAACCUCUACAUUCGGCUUGCUGGCUCUCCUGAACACAGUUCUGCAGUAAACACCACGAAGAGCGGUGUCAGUGUGGUAUUCAAGAUCGCACUUCCAGUUAUAACAUUCCUGCUGACACUCACAUGCAUAUAUCUCGUCUGCAUAUGCAAGCAAAAAGGGAUACAAGUAAACAAGGAAACCCUGAAAAAACCGGCCCUGAAACACCUGAGCACUUCGCAAGAAGUUUGGGAUCAAAAUUUAGAAUUCCAGUCUAUUAUGUUCGAAGACAUUGCUGCUGCAACAAACAGUUUCCAUGACACAAACGUACUUGGAAAAGGAGGUUUUGGCAAAGUCUAUAAGGGAAUACUAGAAGAUGGAAAGGAAGUUGCUGUUAAAAGGCUUAGCAAGGGUUCUGAUCAGGGGAUAGAGCAUUUUAGAAAUGAAGUGGUUCUUAUUGCCAAAUUGCAGCACAAGAAUCUAGUUAGACUUCUUGGCUGUUGUAUUCAUGAGGAUGAGAAGUUGCUUAUUUAUGAAUACUUACCCAACAAAAGCCUGGACCAGUUUCUUUUUGAUAUUGCAAGGAAAUUUAUGCUUGAUUGGCCAAAGAGGUUCAACAUAAUCAAAGGGGUAGCUAGAGGACUUAUGUAUCUCCACCAAGAUUCGAGAACGACUAUAAUCCAUAGAGACCUCAAGCCAAGCAACAUCCUGCUAGACGUGGAGAUGAACCCCAAAAUAUCAGAUUUUGGAAUGGCAAGGAUCUUUGGGGGCAACGAACAACAAGAAAGUACCAGACGAGUUGUUGGCACGUACGGGUACAUGUCGCCUGAGUAUGCGAUGGAGGGCAUUUUUUCCGUCAAGUCGGACACCUACAGCUUUGGUAUUUUGCUACUAGAGAUUGUAAGUGGAUUAAAGAUCAGUUCACCACAUCAUCUUGUGAUGGACUUUUCAAAUCUCAUAUCAUUUGCAUGGAACUUGUGGGCAGAUGGCAAAGUGGAGGAUUUCGUGGACCCAGCCGUCACGGAGAGCUACUCGCUUGAUGAAGUGUCCAAGUGCAUCCAUGUUGGGCUCUUGUGUGUCCAGGACAGCUCCGGUGCUAGGCCUCACAUGUCAUCCGUUGUGUCCAUGCUCGACAGUGAAGCCAUGCCUCGCGCAGCGCCGAGGCAACCUAUGUAUUUCGCGCAGAUAAAUUACGAAACCAGUGAUGCGACAGAAGACCUGAAAAACUCUGCCAAUGGCGUGAGCCUUAUGGCACUAGAAGGACGAUAACUGGCUCAUGUAACUGUGUCAUUCCUACUAGCUAUUAAGAUUUACUUAUAUUUGAAGGAAUGUAUUCUAUGGAAGAUUUGUGUCCUUCUUUUCCUUGUUGGCCAUGGCAUUAAGCCCACUUUUGUUGGGUUGUACCGUUGACAUGGAUUGAGAAUUUUUUGUCAAAUUAAUUGAACGGUAAGUGUGAUAAA